CCUAUGUGUAUAAGGUCAGCAAGGGGUCAUCUAUGGUGUUAGGCUAUAAAGAGAGGAUAGCACUGGACUGCUUGUUACUCCAUGAACGCAUUGUAAACACAUUGCUGCUCCCAUCACAUUACCAACAUGAUUCACAUAAAAGUAUUUCUCCUGUUCACCGUGCUGAUCCUAGCCAGUUGUACCACAUUACCGGAGCAGCCCCCAUCACAACCAGCUGCCGACCCCACUACUGCCAAACCUGAACCAGAAGUCUCCAAGGAACCAGUGAAACAGCCGCACACUCAUGAAGAGCACCCGGCAGAGAAUCCUGACCAUUCAGAUCAUCCAGGCCAUGAGAAUGAUCCAAAACCAGUAAAAGAGCCCAAACACCAUCAUGAAGGUGACCAUGACCAUGAUGAAAAAGGUGAUGACGGACAUGACCACAGACAACACACCGAACAACCAGAAAUUAAGAAGGAAAACCAGGAAGACAAACCCAAACCUACCCAAUCAGAUGAAGUUAAAGAAAGUGACAAUGAAACACAAGAAGCUCGAUUCAAAAGAGGCUUAUGGAGACGCAGACUUGACUAGAUGACAAACAAACAAACACUUUUUUUCUUUUUCAUUUUUUUUUCUCAGGCCAGGUGUAGCAAUAUAAAGGUUUAGAGGAACGCUAAAACAUAAAAACUUCGACAACCGCGUUAUUACAAGACUCUGUAUCAAGACAUAUCUUAUUUUAAAACAAUGAACUAUAAAGUAACCACAAUAUCUACGAAAGUAUUUAUAUCCAAAAUUUCAAAAGAUAUCCACUUUUUGAAUUAAUAAAAUGUAAUAACACUGCUUUUCAUUUUCCAAUAUGUUUCCAUUAUAAGUUGUUCAGUAUUCAUUGUUAGGUAGAAUUUUCGAAUAUAUAUAAGUAGAUGUUACCAUUUAUUUAUUUCAAUAUGUUUGCAUUUAUUAGGGCCUAAUGUGAUCAAAGUAAAUGUAAAAUAUGUGUUUUUAGUUGUGAAGUUUAUCUAGUUUUUAAUUGUGAUGCAAGCAUUUUUUGAGUAUUGUGAUUCACAUUUUGAUGCUUUAUCAUUGCCUUUGCUCAUAAAUAAUGCUUACGUAGUUUCCGGGUUUUGCAAAUAAUGACAAAUGAAAUCAGAAUGCAUCAUUUUGUUUCGCUUUGUCACGCGUAGUGCUAUUGUAACAAUCUUCAUUAUUUUGCAAAUGCUGUCAUUUGAAUAAAACAUUUGAGUUUUA